GUCUAUUGGACGCCUGGUGGCCGACGGCAAAGAUCUUAUAGCACAGACCUUUGGCUGACGGAGACAGAGACAGCUUCAUAUAAGAACACGUACCCACUUUUCACAGUUCUGGAAUAACUCAGCGGCACAGGCAGUAUCACUGGAGAAAAAAAGGGCAUCAAAAUGUUGGGUGUUGUUGUAGUUGGAAUUGGGAUCGCUGGCAGAGUUCGGAUCCGUGACCUCCUGAACCCAAUGCCUAACAGUCCCUCAGAAAAUCUGAAACUCAUUGGCUUUGUCUCCAGGCGGACAUUGGGCAAGAUAGAGCACGUGGAUCAGAUCACCUUGGAUGAAGCCCUGCUCAGUGAUCAAGUACAAGCUGCCAUCAUCUGUCUGGAGAAUUCGUUCCAUGAAGAAUACACCAGGAAAUUUCUGAAUGCGGGAAAGCAUGUCUGUGUGGAAUACCCAAUGGCACUCUCAGUGGCUGCUGCCGGUGAACUGUGGGAUCUUGCUGAUGCCAAAGGAAAGAUUCUACAUGUGGAGCACAUAGAACUACUAACAGCAGAGUACAAUCUGUUAAAACAAACAGUGAGCGGAAAAGAGCUGAUGGAGGGUACUCUACAUUUCACAGGUGGACCUUUGGAUAGGCAACACAACGGAUUCCCUGCCUUCAGUGGUAUAGCCCGUCUGACUUGGCUCAUAGAUUUGUUUGGCGAACUCACAUUCAAAUCUGCUACACUCAGUGAGGAUCUAAAGCAACAAUACUGGAAGAUGACAGCACACUUACACACAAAAGAUAACAGAGCCUUAACCUGGAUUGAAGAAAGAGGACCAGGAUUAAGACGUGCAAAGCAGAUCAAUUUCCAAUUUAAAUCGGACAUUUUGGAUCGUCUCCCAGAAGUGCCCAAUAACCAUAGUGGAUUAUUCAUGAAAGACCUCAAUUUGUUUGUCCAGAAGCUAAUAGGGCAAAAUCUCACUGACACUCCUGAAAGGAAACGCAUCCUGUACUGCCUGGGCCUGGCAGAUGAGAUAAAGGCUUUCUGUGAGCAGUCUCCAUCAAAUUGUCAUGAUUAAUAAACUUUUACUUUUGCAUGUAUAAUUGGCUAUGUUAGAUUGUUGGAAUUUGGUGUGAGGAUUAAUAUGUGUGCCUGUUUUAAAAAACAUUUCAGAUGAAUAUAAUUUCAUUAGACCUCUUCAGAGCUUAUGUUAAAACCAGAAAGUGAUAUAUUUCGUAAUUAUACAAAGUAGUUACCAGCAGUUGGAUAAAUACUGAUUUCAUUGAAUCUUUUGUUUUGUUCUUUUCUGAUGGUGUUUGUUAAAAUAUCACAUGGCUAGAAAUACUAUGAUUUAUUUUGGACAUAACCUUUAUCUGAAGCAAUAACUGGAGCAGGGGUCAGUAGUCAUUAGUCUUUUGCUGUUAAUUUUUUCCUGCUUGCUUACUAAAACUUGAUACGUGUGAUAUCUGAGCCUUUAAUAUUACUUGUUUCCUAUAGCAACGCAGAAUUAUAAGACAGCCAUUUUCCUCUCUUCUCUUUAGCAAUGUUAUAUGUAUGCAUGGAGAUAAUUCAUGAAAAGAUUACUUUGUAAAUAUUUGUUAGAUCCAUACAUUCUCAUUAUAGUAAGGUUAAGAAUACACAUUAAUUCUGAUUCCAACCACAAUAAUUUCAGUUAUGUUUAGGUAAAAUUGUAGCACACUCCAUGACUUAAUUUGUGAUCUCCACAAGAUUGAUUAAAGUAGUCCCCGUGUGGUAACGUAUUUGAUUAUUGUGCAAAACACAAUAUGCUGGAGUAACUCGCGAGUUAGGCAGCAUCUUAGAGGAAAUGGAUAGGUUACAUUUUGUAGUAGGGGGGAGAACAAAGUCUGACAGGUUUAGGUGGAUGAGUGGGCUGAUUGGCAGAUAGAUGGAGUAAGUGACAAAGGUUAGUUGAACAGGAGACAAAAGGGUGUAAAGAGAAGUUAAAUGUAAAACCAGAGGGUUAUAUGUGGAAGAGACCAGGGGCGAGGUGAAAGAGGGUGGUAGAGUGAGAGAAAUAGGUGCAUGCUGGGACGGUGUGGGGGCGGGUGGGUAAGAGCACAGGAAAGAGAGAGGAGGAAUUUCUCCCACCUACCC